ACCUUGACAAGUGAAAGCGCUCCUUAUGAUUAGGUUUCUUGUCAAUGUCGAGGCGUGAUGUUGCUCCUGGUGCGAAUGCUCAAGAAAUGAAUGAUGCGAACCAGAAUUUGUCUUACAAUUUUCGGUUGGGCAUUUCUAGCGAUGUGGAGGAUACGCAAGCCUUUCUCAGAAAUCAAACAUCACGACGCAGCUCUACAGACGUGCUGUCUUUCACAAAUGAUGACUUACAUCCUGAUAUCUUACUGGACCAAGGCAUUGAGGGUUUUGACUAUGAUCCUGUUCAAAACAAAAUAUUCACUGACGAAGGAGUACGGAGGGCGUCUUAUGGCGGCAUCUUUAAGGGAGCCUUGCUAAGGCAUUCAGUACUAUUCUUCAUAGGCGUGUUUACUGGACUUUCUGCCUGCGUAAUUGAUUAUGCUAUUGAAAACAUCUCGAAGUAUAAGUAUAAACUAGUUUCAUGGCUUAUCAGUCGUUACCCACAUUCUCUGUGGAUUUCUGUUCCAGGAUUUUUGUGGUGCGCAGUCAAUUCUUUCCUCACAGGUAUAGCAGCUACACUAGUCGUUGUUUUAGCUCCAGUUGCUUCUGGAAGCGGAAUCCCGCAAAUUAAAUGCUAUCUUAAUGGUCUUAAUAUUCCUCGUGUAAUGCGAUGCCUCACUAUGAUCGUAAAGGGUGUUGGUGUUAUUUUGGCAGUGUCUGGAGGUUUGGCUGUUGGAAAAGAGGGACCUAUGAUACAUAUUGGCUCGGUGAUUGCUGCAGGAUUAUCACAAGGGCGCUUGCGGUUUUUAAAAUUUUCCUUGAGUUGCUUGAAGAUUUUUAGAAAUGAUCAAGAAAAGCGUGAUUUUGUCAGUGCUGGUGCGGCUGCUGGGGUUGCAGCUGCUUUUGGAGCACCUGUAGGUGGUCUGUUAUUUUCCCUUGAAGAAGGCGCUAGUUUUGUUUAUCAAAGAUUAACAUGGACCAUACUCUUCGCGUCAAUGGUUUCGAUGUUUACUUUGGCUUUGUUCAAAUCACUGACUCGUACCCAUAUGUUCGAAUUUACUCCUGGUGGUCUUGUAAGCUUCGGUACAUUUGAAUCAUUAAAUGAUUACAAUGCCUAUGAAAUUCUUAUGUUUUUACUAAUGGGUCUAAUUGGUGGAUUAUCUGGAGCAUUGUUUGUGAAAGCGAAUUCAGUCCUAACAAGAUAUAGACAAAAGAACAUUACAACAAAAUAUAACAAGAUUAUAGAAGCCAUUCUGGUCAGUUCGUUAACUACCACUUUAUGUUUUUCAAUAAUGUGGGCUGUUCGUGAUUGUAGUCCAUUAGCAUAUACUAGCAGUUCUUUCCCUCUCAAAAUGAUGUGUGCGGACAACGAGUUUAAUUCAAUUUCCUCACUGUUAUUUUCAACACCUGAACGUUCUCUCCGAACUCUGCUUCACGAUCCUCCAAUGACAUACAGUAUUUCAGUGUUAACCAUAUUUGUGCUCGUAUACUAUUUCUUGGCCUGCAUUACGUAUGGUUUGUCUGUUCCUGCUGGUCUAUUCAUACCAUCUUUGUUGAUUGGUGCCGGCUGGGGUCGAAUCAUAGGACAUUUAAUGCACACUAUUGAUCCAAUUCAUUUCUCCGAUCCCGGUAAAUUCGCACUAAUUGGAGCUGCUGCACAAUUAGGUGGGAUUGUUCGAAUGACAUUAAGUUUAACAGUUAUUCUAAUGGAGGCAACAGGAAACGUAAUUGUUGGAUUACCUUUGCUAAUGACCUUGACUGUUGCUAAAUAUAUGGGUGAUUGUUUAAGCGAAGGGAUUUAUGAUGAACAUAUUGGAUUGAAUAGUAUGGCUUUACUUCCGUGGACACCGCAUUCGCUAUCUAUAACUAAGAGAGCUUAUGAUCUGAUGUCUAAUCCGGUCGUGUAUUUGUAUCCUAUUAUGCGUGUUAGCGAAUUAGUUGAACGGGUUACAAAUAAUUUACAUCAUGGAUUUCCAGUUGUAGUGGGUUCCACAGAUUCAUCAAGAUUUUCAUAUGGUACUUUAGUUGGAAUGAUUUCUUCGGAGCAUUUAGCACUACUGUUGCAAAGACGUGCAUUUUUAUCUAAAGAUGGUAAUAUCGUAAAUUCAUUGACCUAUAAAGAUUAUGAUGAUGCUUAUCCAUCCUAUCCAAAGUUAGGUGAUGUUUUAGCUAAUUUGUCAUGUGAUGAUAUGGACGCCUACUUAGACUUAAGGCCAUACAUGUGUGAAGCGCCAUACAGUGUCCCAGAGACUAUGACAAUGACUCGUGUUUACCAUCUUUUCCGUUUACUGGGUCUCCGGCAUCUACCGGUUGUUGAUAGUCAAAAUCAAGUUCGUGGAAUCAUUACACGAAAAGAUUUAAGACGUUUCAAAUUCGAAUUUGUUAGUGGUGAAUAUCGUGUAGAAGAGUUGAUUUUUUCACGUAAAAUGUGAUCACUACUUAAUGUUAUUUUCCGUAUUAUUUUUUUUUACAAACAAACAUAUAUAUAAAUAAACAUAUUUUUAAUUAUUUAUUUUUUGAUCUAUUAUCAACAUUGUAUAUUAAUGCUCAUCAUCAGUAUUAAUUAACCGGUUCUGAUUCUAUAUGAUAUUUAUUGAAUUCACUGACUGAAUAAAAAUAAUAAUUAUUAUUAUUAUGAUUACCAUUAUUAUUAUUUUCCCGUUAUUUACUUUUUUAUGUUUACCUAAUGAAUAUUAUCCUAUUAUUAUUUUGUUUACGGUUAUUUAUCCGUGAAUUCUUAAUUUUAUUAUUUAUUAUUAUUAGCUUUUUCUUUUGUAUAAUUGUAUACUUUCCAAUUAGUGAAAUGAAUUAUUAUAUCGUUUAUAUAUUCCCCCCCCGCCUCACCAUAUUAUUACUGAAAUCACUAAUGUAAAAUUGUGUAUACACAUUAAGUAAAUAAAUUUUUUCUAUUAUUAUUUUUAACGGUGUUAAUAUCUUUAGAAAUUUUCAGUUUGGGUUUGAAUGAAUUCAAUUAACGUUGAAUCAAUUUACUAAGAACAUAAUUAAAAACAGAUUAUAUAAGAACUAUUAUUUUACAAAAUCCAAUUACAAAUAAACUCAAAAGUUCAUGCUUACCUUUUUGUGUGUGAAGAGAAUCCAUGAUUAAACAAAUAAAUGACAUUUUAAUUUUUAUUAAUUUUUUCUAUGUUUUGAAUGAAAACAUAAGUGGAGACAAUCGAAUAUAUUUGAACACAAACUUACAGAAUAUCUAAAAUCUAAGCACCAUACAGUAAAUACUUAAUUUACAAAAUGUCAAUCAAUCGUUUGAGAUUUCACGGUUCCUUCAUUUUCACAGCAAUCAUUCAUUGUUCUCGUUCUCUUUUCUUUGAUCUUCUACCUCCAGUUAAUUCGCUUGACGAUAUAUACUAUUUAUAUCUGUCAACAUUAGUAGCACACACCAUAUAUGUAAGAUUGUUAUUUCACUACCUGAAUUGAAAAUGCUGAACAACGAUAUAUGUGGCCUACAUCCUCUUUGCACAAAUUCAUCUAAAUGACAUAAUAUAAUGUAUUAUGUAUGUUCUUAUAAACCACUGAUAAGAAUGCAUUUUGUUAUAAUUAAAAAUAAAUCUAUACGCUGAU